AUGUCGGCUUCUUCAAUUGGUUGUUCUCCGAGACAGGAUGGAACAGCUGUGAAAUGGGCUAAGUUACUUCCCGUUCACGACUCGUCUAUGCAUGAACUUUCUCAAGAAGUGACCACUCUUGGAUCAUCUGAAGAUUGUUCCAUUAUUGUAAGAGAUGAACGUGUUUCCAGUUCACAUUGUAUGCUAAUCAAAGAUCCGGAUAAUGUGGUAUGGUUGUAUGACUGCAGUGAAACUGGCACACGGUGUAAUAAUGGCAAGUGGUUAAAUCAAGAUUGCGUCACUCUGCAUACUGGGGAUUAUUUUCACCUUGUAUGGGAUGAAGUGGAUGCUAGUAGAAGAGUUGGGUUUUGUGUCCUGUUCGCUGAUGAUUGCAAAAGUAUUGAUUCAGUCGGUGAACAUGAUAAAGCCAUAACUUCUCUGGAAUCUCAACCGUCAACGUCAUCAUCUUCGAAUCUGUUGAAGCCAUCAGCAUCAAAGUUAUCAGCUGAGGAUGAAGAUUUAGAGAAAUGUUUAACUUGUGUUAUCUGUGGAGAUAUUUACUUUGAAUGUUGUAGUGUCCAACCAUGUCUGCAUAGUUUUUGUACCCUUUGCUGGUUGAAAUGGCAAAAGUCUGAAUGCCCAAUGUGUCGUAAAGCAGUAUCAGCUUAUGCUAAGAAUCACCAACUGAAUGAUUUGGUCGAGGUGUUCCUUCGUAAAUAUCCAGAGAAGUCGAAGCCGGACGUGGAGCAGAAUGAAAUCAAACAGGAGAUAACACGGUUGACUCCUACUCCUAAUCAAAUUCGUCGUUGCCGUCGUCGAUAUAGUGGAAAUUAUCGAUAUGAUAGAACUUUACCAUUUACUGCUGGUAUUGCUCCUCCCCAACAGGCUAGUUGUGUUAUAUGUUCAUGGAUACCUGGGUUAUGUAACCCUACUGCAGGAAAUAAUCAGUGUUCAUUCCAUUCAUUUUGUGCGUGUUGUGGUCGACCGAUACCCUAUCAACAAACAUUACAUCCAGAUGUAGUAAAUACAACCGAGUGUGAAAUAUGCCGACGCUCAUUUUGCUCUUUAAUUAAUCCAAACAGAUGUUCAGCAUGUGAUGGAUACUGUCUAUCUCGUGUACGCGAUUUAACACGAUAUCAGGUACUUCCUCGUGGUUUAUUAUUGAACAAUUGUAUAGAGACCGCAUAUCUGAAUGACUAUCUAGUCUCACAAGGAAUACCUAUUCCACUUUUUAUUCAACAAUGUCUAGUUAAUAUCAGUACAACAGUUAUUUAUCCUUUUUGUACAUUAAGUGAAAAUUCUAUUGUAUGCACUAGUUGUGGUGAAAAUAUACUUCGUAAACUUGCUUACAACUAUCGUAUAUCAUUGCCUGCAUCUCAAAUACUAUCUGAGGCUAUAUCUAGACCAGAUUGUCGUUAUGGACAUUAUUGUCGUACUCAGCGAAAUAAUAUUGAACAUGCAAGACGAUAUAAUCAUAUCUGUGAGCCAACUUUCUGA